AUGGCGGGCGAGGCAAGGGUGGCGGCAGCGGAGGUGGCGGGGGAGGGGUGGAGGAUGCCAGCGGAGGUGAGGUGGACGCUGGUGGAGGAGGAGACGCAGAUGGAGGAGGUGGCGGCCGCGCUGAGCGACGCGCUGUUCGUGGGGAUCGACUGCGAGUGGAAACCUGGAACUAAAGUACCAAAGGCCUUAUUGCUGCAACUUGCUGUCAGGCGCGCGGAGGGCCCGGACCACGUCUUCCUCCUCGACCUCAAGCGCCUCCCGGAGGGCGCGGCGCGGCCCACCGUCCAGGCCAUGCUCCGCAACGACCGUUGCGUGAAGGUCGGGUACAGCAUCGUGGGCGACCUCAAGGCGAUCGCCGUAGCGUUCGGCGGCGAGGGCGCCGGGUGCGUGCGCGCCACGGUGCCGUACCUCGAGAUCGGCGCGGUCAGCAAGCACCUCCGGAAGCACGUGGCGGACCUGCGCGGCUGCGUCAAGCACAGUGGACUGUCAGGGCUCGUGGCCGCGCACCUCGGCGCGCCGCUGGACAAGGGGCAGCAGUGCAGCCAGUGGCACGUGCGGCCACUGACUCCCGAACAGAUCGCGUAUGCCGCUGCUGACGCACACGUGCUGCUGGCGUUGACGGACGCGCUCGUCGCGGCGUGCGGGGGCGCCCCGCUGCGGCACCCGAUGUUUCCUGCGCGCGGCGCGGCGAGCGGCAGCGACAGCGACGGGUCGGGGGGCGCGGAGGCGUGGUGGGUGGGGCUGCGGGCGCGGUGUCGGGCGCGGGGGGGGGAAUCGGCGGGGGGGAGUCGGCGGGCGGUGGCGGAGGACGUGGCGCUGGCGUGGGGCAUCCGGCUGCAGAUGAGCGGGGGGAAGAAGAUCGAUUUCGAUGGUUCGGAUCGGCUGCCGAAGGGAAAGCGGCGCGGCGCGCGCGCAGGCGGAACGGACGUGUUGCACGAGGUGCGCGGCGGGGGCGGCAACGGCGCCGAGGAGGACUUUUCGGAACUGCCCAGCGCCGUGCCGUGGGAGGACCCCCGCGACGCCAAGUUCCUGUGCGACACGAUGCUCGAGGGCCUCGCGCGCCAGCUGCGCCUCUUCGGCUUCGACGCCGCCUCCCCGCCGGCCGCCGCGACCCCCCCCGGGCCCUCGGACAAGUCCCCCAAGGCCCGCACCAUGGAGGGGCGAUUCCUGGCGUACCGCGCCAUGGUCGAGGCGGCGCACGACGAGCGGCGGCUCAUCCUCACGCAGGACCGCACGUUCCUGCGCACGCGGUACACCGGCCAGGCCAUGAUCGUCGGCAACGGCCUGACGAAGCAACAGCAACUGCAGGAGGUCGUGGAGCGGCUGGGGCUGCAGGUGAGCGAGCGGCGGCUGAUGAGCCGGUGCUUCAAGUGCAACGGGGAGUUCGACGACACGCCGGUCGGGCCGGAGAACCUCCCGCGCGGACACGGGCUGCCGGCGGAGGUGCUCGCGGAGAAGAGGGAGUUCUGGGUGUGUCGGGGGUGUAAGCAGGUCUACUGGGAGGGCGGCGUGUUCGACAAGGCCCUCGAGGGCCUCGCGGGGCGGUUCGAGGACCUCAGGGUGACGGGCGAGAGGCGCAAGACCCAACAGCGGCCACCCUGCGUCGCGCCCCCGCCAACGGCGGAGAGCGAACGCGAACUGGCCCCCGCGUGA